GUUGAGUGGUUGUGUGGUGUCCCCUUUUCCUAAUUCAGUUCGAACAAACUCAGCCUGGGAAUGUUCAGUUACAGAAACAGGUUAUUUCCACAAACAUACACACAAACAUGCACACACUCACAUGUAUAACUGUGGCCAAGACUAUAGACGGACGGUAGAUGUUAUCAGAAGUUAAACAAGGUUUUAAUGGGCUGUCUCUACAUUAAUUAAGAGAAAUAUAUCUACAGUCCAUUCCAACAGUGUCCGCUUCAUACCCUUAUUAAGUCAGCUAGAGGUUCUGUAGAGUAGCUUUGUGGUGCUGAGUCUAGCUGACUUCCUGUGUCUAGUUCUGUGCCCUCAAUUGCUGUCGUUAUUGAAACUCUAAAUCACCCUGACCUCUUAUCCCCCUGAACCCCAGAAUGACUCCUUAUCCCCCAAGCUCUUCAUGCAUCAUUGUGUUUCUACCACAGGCACAGGACAUCUCUGAAACUCUGUCAUCCUGACAUGUGGCUUGUUGUAAAGCCCUGAGGACUCUUUUAGAUGUAUUUUAAUGUGACAAUCAUCAGGCCUAUUUGCAGACUUUCAUUAUUGUGUGUGUGUGUGUGUGUGUGUGUGUGUGUGUGGGAGUGCAUGCGUGUGGGUGUGCGUGUGUGCGUGUCCUCAGUGAACAUUGUGGCCAUGUUGCGUAACUUUUGGGAGCAGAAACAGGUGAAGGGGUCCGACAGCCAAUCAGAGGACUCGGUGAAGGGCUCUGUCAGCCAAUCAGAGGGCUUAUUGUUGUAUGAGUCUGCCCCUUCCCCAGGACCCCCUUACAUCUGCUACGUCACUCUACCUGGAGGAAGCUGCUUUGGAAACUAUAAGGAGUGUGAGACCCAGGCGGAAGCUCGUAGGGAUGCGGCGCGUGUCGCUCUGAUGAACUCUCUAGUGAACGAGCUGCCGUCUAGACUAAUCACUCCUCUUUUCAUCACACACAGCCUGCAGGAGGCUGCCUCCGCCAGCACCGUCUCUGUGGAGGAUGCCUGUGAUCCUAGCACCAGUAUAGGAACCUAUUGUCUCCUGCUCCAGUCAUACACUGGCAGAACCAUGUUGGAGUUCCAGGAGGGGAUGACAGUGUUUCAGUUGUUACACUGGAACGGGACGUUGAAGGUUCUAAGGGAGAGACAGUGUUCCCGCCAGAGUGUGAUUGGUUAUUACUCGCAGCGGGAACUGGAUGCCAGCAUGCGCAGCAGCAUGGCUCUGGAUUGGCUGGGCAGGGAGCGGCAGACUCCAAGGCUGCUGAGGAUGGAGCUACGAGCAGCACAGAGGGAACUGGACGUGGCUAGGCGUCAUGGCAAUGAACUCCGCUUCUACAAGGAGAAAACAGAGAUCCUUAGCCUGGCACUGAGUCAAGCAUUCACACACCAACCACACACAGAUUCACAUGAAUCACCUGAACCACACAUACACCACCAAUGAGUCGCACAUACACACACAAACUACAUGAACCACCUGAACCACACAUAAACUACGAACCAUUAACAAUCCAGACAAAGCCCCUGAUCCACACAUGAAACCCUGAACCACCAUACAUACACCCAGCUAAGCCUUUUUACAUAGAAAGUGAAUGUUGUCCCUGGUGGUAGAGAGAUCAACUCAACCAUAGAACCUGCGGGUGGAAUCAGAUGAGAACAACAGAUGCCGUGUUCACAUACUAGUUGGAACUAGAAAACUCUGAAAUUUCCGGCUUGCUCUGGUUGUAGUUGUUUAUACAUUUACUGCAUUUAACGAAUCAGCAAGUUGGUCAUUUCUGAGUUUCCUAGUUUCCACUAGCAUGUGAACAGUGGCAAGAGAAAAGAGGCGCUUCAUCAAGAGGGACUGAGCAGGUGAUUAGGUCAAAGGUCACCAUAAACACUGCCAGGCUACCAUCAACAUUACACAAACAGAGAACUGUUUACUUUAUAGCUGCUGUCAAAUUCAAGACACAGCUGAGACAGCUGACUGUGAAAUAUGUGUGUACAUAUGAAAUAAAUACUUUGUCUGUCUGCUAUAUAAUUAUAUAACAUAUUUCCAACUAGUUUUCAUUGGGAAGGCAGAUAAAGCGUUUUUAUCAAAAGCAAAGCAAUCACUUGUGCAUGUGAAAACACCAAAUCCUACUCAUUACUCCACGUGCUUAAUUAUGUCACUUUUGUUUUGAGCGUUCAGCAUGUUGUUGGAAGACCAAAGCUAAAGUAAUAUGAAGUUUGGGAACACACAAGUUAUGCUUCUUGAUAAUCAUAGAUAGAUUUAACUACACUAUAUAUACACAAAGGUAUGUGGACACCCAUUCAAAUUAGUUGAUUCGGCUAUUUCACCCAUAGGCCUACCUGUUGCUGACAGGGGUAUAAAAUCGAGCACACAGCCAUGCAAUCUCC